UGCUCGGACGUGGGCGUGUUGCCUGCGCCAGACGGUGUAUAAAUUAUAACAUAAAUAGAUUUCUUUUGCGCCUCAGUAAAAGGCCGUAAUUCACCCGCUGAGUAUCGAGGCGCGCUCCCGCCUCAGUGACAAUGUGCGCGCGCUCCCGCUAGGCCCCGCCCCGUUCUCUCCGUGCCCCGCGCGUCCCCGCGGCCUCCGCCCCUCCUGUGUGUUUGUCACCCGACAGCAGCGCGGCCGAGAGACUGAGAGACAGCGGCGACCCGGAGCGAGAGACGGACAGGGGUCGCCUGGGAGAGCUGAACAUCCUCCUGCUUCUGUCACACACUCACCGGCAACAUGAACCCGAGCUGCGGCCGCUGCGGCAAGAUUGUGUAUCCCACCGAGAAAGUCAACUGUCUGGAUAAGUUCUGGCACAAAGCAUGCUUCCACUGUGAGAUCUGCAAGAUGACUCUGAACAUGAAGAACUACAAGGGAUAUGACAAAAAACCAUACUGCAAUGCGCAUUACCCCAAGCAGUCUUUCACCACAGUGGCCGACACCCCAGAAAACCUUCGCCUAAAACAGCAAAGUGAGCUACAGAGCCAGGUCCGUUACAAGGAAGACUUUGAAAAGAAUAAGGGCAAGGGAUUCAGUGUAGUGGCCGACACCCCUGAACUGCAAAGGAUCAAGAAAACCCAGGAUCAGAUCAGCAAUAUUAAAUAUCAUGAAGAAUUUGAUAAGAGCCGGAUGGGGAACCCAUUGGUGGAUGGUGAUGAUUUUGACCGUCGAGGAUCCGAUGAUGGUGCCAAUUACCGCAGACCUUCACAGAGUUCUCAGCAGCACCAACCCCCAGCCAGUAGCUCAGCCUAUCCGCAGCAUCAACCACAACCAAAGUAUGGCUACCAGGAACCUGCUGCUCCUGUGUCGUCCCAACGCAGUGCCCCAGCAGCAGCAGCAGCAGCAGGAGGAGGAGGAGGAAAGCGAUACAGAGCUGUGUACGACUACAAUGCAGCCGAUGAAGACGAGGUGUCUUUCCAAGAUGGCGACACCAUCUUAAACGUUCAGCAGAUUGACGACGGCUGGAUGUACGGGACCGUGGAACGCACGGGGGACACGGGAAUGCUUCCUGCAAAUUACGUGGAAGCCAUCUGACCUGAAGAGCCGGCCUCAUCCCAAAAUCAUCAAGCAUUCCAGUGCAGCCCUCUCCUGCGUAUUUUGGGAAGGAUGGGCUCCAUCUCUGUAUUUCGGCAAUCUCCUCAUCCUCUCUGCUGCCCCAUUGGCUGUAGAGCGGCUGAUUACCUCUCGCUUCAAUCUGUUUUCUGACGGGAUUCAGUUGGGAAAUAUCUCUGUUCCCACAGCAGUUUCUCCAUUCCUAUAAUGACAUUUCUCCAUUAGCGCUUUGCACUGAAAUUGAAUAUUAUAUAUAAUAAAGAACAUUUAUUAUAUAUAAUAAAACUAGAUCACCAUAAAGUGAAGGCAAAGGAACCUGAUAUUCUUAUGUCAUUUCAGACGCGUCAAUCCCUUUUCCAUCCUUUCAAGCCAGAAGUCUAUUCAGGCAGCGGCUCAAUGUAAAGGUUUUAUUUCCCACUCCUGGAUACUCUUUCUACAUAUUUUUAUCCUUGUUUUUCAAUCUCCCCUUGAUCGGGGUUAAUAACACUUUGUUCUAUUUACCAGAAGAAGAUUUAGGAUUUUUAGUAUUCAGAAAAGCUGUGAUGACCUUGCUGUGACUCUACAGCGCAAUCAAAGCUGAAGAGUAAUAGAAGCAGGAGGGUAUUGCUACAAUCCAUCAGCAGAAACCACACGUGAUUAGCGGUUUCAAUUAAAUUGAUUAUGAUUAAAAUGGGCGUCGUCCCACCGCGUGUCAAUCACUCUUGCUCAGCCAAUCAGGCGAUGGUCUGGCUGUGAGUCCCUGUCAUGGCAUGCGCCACUCAAUGACAUUUACAUCAACACCAAAACAUUAAAAAAAGGAAAAAAAAAAAACUAUAUAUAGGUAGGUAGAUAGAGUAGUUAAUUAGUAAACGGCAUAAGAAAAACAGAUUUAAUUCUAAUAUUUUUACAUUGGAGAUUUUUCCCCUCUGUAUAUUUUAUAUAUAUAUUUCUCUCCCAUUUUUGUUAUUACUUAAAAAAAAAAAAAUGCGAGGGUGUAAAAUGACGCACCUUUUUUUUGUGUUGUUGUUGUUAAACAGUUGGGGUUGAUGUCCGUAGUUUUACACUUUGCUCCGCACCCUCCAUCUCCUCAUGCUGGAAGCCUCCAUGACAUUAUUAGGGCUCCAGUCUCACCAACCGUUCCAGCAGCCGCUCCAUGUCAGAGAUUGCAAGCUCCGGGGUCCUUUCAGCUGCUCCAGGCAACACUUAUUGUGCAGAAAGUCCUGUCUAUGAUCGGUAGCUGUGCCGUUUGCCUAAACUGUGCCAAUGCAUUGCCUAACGUUUAGGCAGCCCAAAGUGCUUGUUGGCUAUUUACAAGAGCCAUAGGCUUAUGCCGUGGUGCAGACGGCUCUUGUACUUCGCUACCCUUGCAGAUGCCUUACGUGUUGCAGUUUCAAUGUGCCAAUUUCUUCCCAGCUCCUAAACUAACAUUUGCCCAUGCAACUCUCUCCGGCUGGCACUAGCCAUGGCAUACGUAUUGCUUAUGCUUAUUCCCCAGCAUGCAGUUGGUAUGGGGAAAGAAAUCCCCCUUUUGUAGUAUAUAUACAAUGAGGGCAAUGUUUAUUGGGCAUAACAUUUCAGGUGUGAGCAGUACCUGGAGCGGCCAUGUUGCUUAUUCACAGGCAACCUAAACCGUGCUUUGUGGAACCUAAAUGGUCAAUAAAUAGGGCAUCCGUUUUUAAAGAUGUGUUUUUUGUUUUUUAAACUCAUUUCCUUAUGUUGCAUGUCUGGAUACAGCACGGCCAUUUGCUACUUCUCAAUACAGCAAGGGUUAAAAAUGUACAUUUUUGAGAAAAUACUUAGGGGCCGAUUCACUAACUUCGAGUGAAGGAUUCGAAGGUAAAAAACUUUGAAUUUCGAAGUUUUUUUUGGGCUACUUCGACCAUCGAAUGGGCUACUUCGACCUUCGACUUCGAAUCGAAGGAUUCGAAGUAAAAAUCGUUCGGCUAUUCGACCAUUCGAUAGUCGAAGUACUGUCUCUUUAAAAAAAACUUCGACCCCCUAGUUCGCCAUCUAAAAGCUACCGAAGUCAAUGUUAGCCUAUGGGGAAGGUCCCCAUAGGCUUGGCUAACUUUUUUUGAUCAAAGGAUAUUCCUUCGAUCGUUGCAUUUAAAUCCUUCGAAUUGUUCGAUUCGAAGGAUUUAAUCGCUCGAUCGAAGGAAUUAUCCUUCGAUCGAACUAUCUGCGCUAAAUCCUUCGACUUCGAUGUGAAGGAUUUUAAUUCCUAGUUGAAUAUCGAGGGUUAAUUAACCCUCGAUAUUCGACCCUUAGUGAAUCGGCCCCUUAAUGAUUUGAACAACCCGAGCGUUAGCUCUUGGCCUGUAUUGAGCAGAAGUGCCCCUCUGAAACGUAUAGACCGCUUUCUUUCUAUCUAACAACAUUGUUCUGUUCUAAAUCCAUGCUGAAGGGAAUAUGCUUAGAUCUGUCGCCGGUUGUUGCUGAACUACUCCUCCCAGUAUUGUCCAAAGGCAGCGUGUGCCUGCUGGGAGUUGCAGUGAAGCCGCGUGUGCCUGCUGGGAGUUGCAGGAGCUUAGACAGUGGAACGAGGGGAUUGGCAAGUGCUGAUAUGUAGUAGGAGAGGGCUGAGAUCUCUUUAGGAAGCACAAGUGAUUGGCAAUAGCCAAAGCACAAUGAAGAGUAGAAAGAUGUGGACAUCACAUGAUCCUUUCCAAAACUUAAAACAUUCCUUAACGGAGCAGCAGAACCCCCCCUAAUGUACCCGUAAACCACAGGGACCAGGGGCCGGAGUAAAGACAAUUCCAUAGGAGCAACGUCGGAUCCCAAACCCACUGGACCAAACAUUUCAUCCUCUGCUGUUUCCUCAAUCAAUGCACUUUGUCCUCACCAGGAAAGGGGAGAAAACGUUACUGUGUUUUUGGGGCCGUACCCACCAAUCGCUCUCCUCCCCGCGCUCUUCCUUUGCCUUUUUACGUUUAUUUUAUAAAAAUCUUUCCUCCCCCAGCUGGAAAGCCUUUGUAUUAAUUGCUUGGGCCUAUAAUCAGCCACUUAAACAUGGGGAAAAAAAAAUCUCAAUCAUGCGCUACCAAGAAACGCUUACUCGGUUACUCAAAUUUAAAUAAAAAUCUAAUUUUUAA